AUGGCCCAGGCCGAAAAUCACCUGGUCGACCAGAUUGCCCAGCUCAAUGCCGCCCGCAAUCUGGUCCUCGGGGAUGCCGCCUUCUAUCCUCAGAUCGUGAACGGUAUCCUUCCGAUCAUCGGUGCGCGUGCGCGGUUGGAGUUGCGACGAUGGGGGGCCGAGUUCUUAGCGGAAACGUUCGCCAGUCCGGCGCUGGCUACGGAUCAGAAGGAACUGUUGGCCGCAGAUGUGCUACAAUCGUUGCGGGAAACAUUGCUGCUGCCGGAAGAGGAUCAAUUGGCGUUGACACAUAUAGUGCAGACCGCUGCCAGCUUGUAUCCGCUGGUGUUUAGGCAUAUCAUUAAUCAUCCAGAGGACCGAGAAGCCUGGGAGAACAUGACCGCGAUCAAGCAGGACAUCCUGCGCAGAUGGGACACAUUCCCUUACCCGGUGAAACUUUGCUGCAUAAAGUUCGUGCAGCGCGUUGUUCAAGUGCAGACCCACGGCUCAAUAUCGGACCCAAGGCGACCGGACCAAAACGAAACAUCCCUAGCCAUCGUUCCUAGGAAUCAUGCGAUCCUGUCUCUGCCCAAUCUGGAGGCCGAGGCCUCUGGUUUGCUGGACCGUCUUUUGGCCGUGUUUCAGGAGGAGUCGAGUGACCCCCUCCUGGUGAAUGCGACCCUGAAUAGUCUUUCGGUUCUCGUUCGAACGCGACAGUCCGUGGGCAACAAGAUCAUCAACGCCGUCCUCAAUUUCUUCCCCUCGAAGCAAGUCCGCUCUCCGAUAACUCCCACGGUCCGGGUCGGCGUGAAGUCGAUGGAACGAACCGCCAGAGCAUUGAUGAUUAAUAUAUUAAAAAGAAACCCCAGUCACCCGCUUGCGGGGAAGAUGCAGCACUACAUGGAUCGAUUGAUGCAGUCGCGUCUUGAGCCUGUAGACGAUACUUCACGAAAGCGCACGUCACCGUCUGAGCCCACGGAUGGCCUAGACAAUGCCAAACGUGCGAGACUCGAUGCUGAAACACCACCCUUGUUGAAGAUACCCCCUAUGCCCCCCGGCCCAAACAGUUAUGCGCAACUCUUUACCCUCACCGAAGAUGCCGGGCUAUCAUCUUUUGAUGUCACGCAGCUGCCCGCCGAUCUGCUCGUCAAGAUUGUCAUUCCCCUACUUGGUCGUGUCGACCAAUCGUUGUUGAACCAAGCUGUCGAUGCCGUACGGACGCGAUAUCAGACGCUUCAGAAACAGCAAUCAACGCAGCCUGCUGCGGAAGAAGACGACGACUACGAGCCCGAGUAUCAACCGAUGGAUGUGCCCGAAACGGCACCUGCGCAGCCCGACGCCUCAGCGCCAGAAGCAGACUAUGAGCCCGACCUCGUUUCCCUGGGCCCAUUUGUCUUGCCCCAACCUCCCCCGUUAAGUGAAGACGAAGCGGCUGAGGUGGGACGCAGUGCGGUAGGGAGGGUCUUUGGUAUGCUGGCCUCUAGCGAUACAGCACUGAACACCACGAAAGGGAAGACCCAGCAGCAAUUAGGGUUUGCAAGACUAGCGGGUAGUACCUUUGACCGAGACGCCUGGGUCACAUUGCUCACGCGACUCGCGACAAGGUCGCCUGCUGGUCUGGAGGUGCAAGGCAAGAAGGAGGAUGCCUCGAAAAAGAAGCCUACGAUAUCGGAUUCCAUUCGGGAAACGUUAUACCGGUACAUCCUGGAGGAUUUCAGGGCCCGGGUCAACGUCGGUAUCAUGUGGGUGAACGAGGAAUGGUACAAUGAUCGUGUUCAGAUGAAGUUCGCCGCCUCUCAGCGGACCGAAGACGACGAGACGUCGGUUCCAUUGCACUACGACCACUGGGUUCUACGACUCCUGGAUGGUAUCCUGCCUUAUCUAGAUUCGCGAGAUACCAAGAUCUUCAUUCGCUUUCUGAGCGAGAUCCCCGAAGUGACCAUCCCCAUCACACAACGCGUGGCCAGCCUGGCCAAGGAUCCCGAGAGAGUCAAUCUCUGCGUCCAUUCCCUGCAAUACCUAAUUCUCUUCCGACCCCCCGCCCGAGAAAUGUGCCUUUCGACCCUAGAAGAAGUCUACCAAACCUACGAGGAAUCUCGACCAGCAGCCGGCAAAGUCCUAGCCAAAUGGCGUCCGCAGAAGACCGACCAACAACCAGGUCAACAAUCCACCCUCACGAGCCGUCCAGUCCCACCGGAAACCAGCAACAGCACAGAGAACACCGCGCAGCAAUAA